AUGGAGCACUUUUUGUUCAAGCCACUGCUGGUUACCAGCAUCUCGGCGUCAACCUUCGUGGCUGGUUGCCAACUUAGUCUCUCCAACGUUUCCGUGUCCAUGAUCCUCGACCAGCCGAACCUCUCCGAAGCCACAUCUCUAAGCCAGUUCAAGACCCUUUUCCUACGCGGCUUCCGACUCUGCCCGCUGCCUUCGAUCUUUUCGGCCCUGUGCUGCGCUUCCAACGCAGGUCUGGCGUAUUACAAGCACGGAAGCAUCACUCCGACGGUAUCUCGGCUGUCGCUAGCCGCGGCUUUGAUGGUUGGGCUUAUACCGUUUACGUUGGCGUUUGUUUUGCCUACGGAGGAGAAGAUCUUGAAGAGGGCUGCGAGAUUUGCGAGCGGGGAAUCAGUGGCUAAGGACGCUGAUAAGAAAGAAGAGGAUACACGGGCACUGAUGGAGAAGUGGAGUGUCUUGAACUAUGCGAGGACUCUAUUCCCAGUUGCUGGAGUUGUUGUUGCUUGGACUUUGUUGUAA